AUGAACGGGCACGCACCAAACUCAAACCUCAACUUCUCGUCUCAAAGUCGGAGGGCAGCUUCUCCGCGUUCGCCACAAUCGGCAGGGCUAACUUAUCCAAAUAUCAAGCAACGUGGSUAUUAUUCAGAUAUCUUAGCAGAAGGAGCAAAGCAUAACGUGUCGGAUGUUGCUGUUGGACCUGCAGCAAAUCAAAGCACGCUUUGGAAAUCUGCCAAAGUCAAGCACACACCAAGAGUUGACACAUUCAAGGGUCCUUCCUCUUCUGAUUCUCUUAAGAAUCUCCUUCAAGAUCAAUAUCAUGGUCCAACAACUGCUCCCAUCACAGUAUCAAGUUUUCCAGACAAAGCCUGGGARCCCAAGGUCCAGCUUCCUUACAAAACAGAGUCUGGGCAAGUUCCUAGGAAAAUUGAAAUUGAAAGACGUAAGCGCAUAUAUGCCAAACAAGACAUUGAUGCCCUACUAGAAGACUAUGGCGUCAACACAUGUGACCUAAUGCCUAAAGAAGACAUCAACAUGUCAGUCAAUCUCACUGGACAGACCAAUGGUGAACCAGCACCAUUCCCUGCAUUUCUUCCCCUACACAUUUUUGAUGACACUGAAUACGAUUCAAGGACUCCAGAAGAAUGGAUGAAUCUAGGUGUAAUGAAUGGAGAAACCAAGCCUGUUCCUGGCAAAGCUUUAUUACCAACAACUAGAACAGCUGAGGGAUUUGGGGACUACGAGUGGAUUGAUGUUGGUGCACUGAGCUACGACAAGGACAAAGAGGAAUACCUGGUCCAAAUUGUUGGCACAAAAGGACUAAAACAUAAUGUUGUACCAGAUGAGAUCAAAGUCAGAGCUGUUGUACAGUCUCCUACAGAUGAGCGGCCUGCUAAAAAGCGACCUAGAAAGUACAAUAGGAGCCAGUUUAAUGUACCAAGAAUUAGACUCCUGUUUGCUGCAGAAGAUCCUGUGGUGUUUGCCGAAAGAGUAGCCAGAGCUUUUGCUCUUCGUCGCGAGACUGAAGCUUUGUUGCGAUAUAACUUGUACAUUGACUGCAUGCCUAUGGAUGGUGUAUCCAAGCUUGAUCACCCCUCCCUUGAUAGGAUGGUCACUUGGGCACGUGACACAAGAACACUUAGAAAGGAUAGAAAUCUUGAUGAACAUAUAAGUGCAUUAAGCAAAGAGAUCCAAAUAGAUUUUGCCCGCACUAUGAACAAGAUCACCUUCGAUAGGGUAGUSUCAGCCAAAAAGGACAUGUUUCCAUAUGUCACUAUUCAAGAAAAAGAWGAAGAGGUCAUACCAGAGAGAGGUUUUUUUCCUGAUGUCCCUUCCUACCCAUUUGAUGAAAAGUUUGACAAUUUCGCCUUCAAUUCCCUGCUAACAAGAGARGAAUCAAUAGUUGCACUUGGCAAAGUGAUCACAGAAUGUAACAAGGUGUCCGCCAUGUCAGUCUUCCAAGUUCCCGUCACUAAGAGCAUGAAACUGGAAGAAUUUGAGCAGUCUCAGGCACAAGUUAGCUCACAGGUUCAAAUCUUUUUACGUGACAGCUGGUUAAAUACUCUACGAACUGCAAUAAGAAGCAGUCUUCUUGAUGUCGGUAAAGGCUGGUUCAACAUGGAUGAAAAGAAUUGGGAGGUCUACAAGAUCUCGAAGUUGUCCAAAUUCAUGGAGCUGGUCAAGUUUGCCAUGCAGGAUUCACUGCGAUAUCUCGUCCAAGAUUCACUGGCUGCAUUCACUAAUGUCAUCCAGGACGCUUGCUACAUGGUACAAGAACUUCCAGAUGAUCUUGAUUGGGGGUCUGAUAUAAUCAACAGCUCAUACAAACCAAAGAAAAAUGCUCUGUUUCUGCUUGAUUUGAUAAUGGACAAAAGRGAAGUGACGUACAACACUGAGCUGGAGAGCUUUGAACGUGUUGUGAUCAGCUURUUUGAUAAAGGCAUUCUAUGCACUAAGAUUGCAUUCUUUGGUGUCAUUUUGCCCAAGAAAAAAAAAAUCAUACGAGCAUCCAUACGUAUUCUAUGGAAAGCGUGUACAGAAAUCUCCGGAGACACUGUGAAAAUGCCAAGCGUGGACACAUGUGGAAGCUGUCUACAAUACGAUUCCCAAGAACAUUCAGCAGCUGAAGUUAAACAAGAAAUAGAACGCCAUCUACAGCACAAAGAAGUUCUAGAAAACACUCUGCCUUCCAGCAUAGUUAUUGGYCCCUUCUCGGUCAUGACUGAAGGAAUUAGAAAGGAACUGGCCAAGAAAAGAAAGACAUUGGCCAAUGCUGUUAUUGAACUGCUGGCGAAGAAACUAAGGAAACAGGCUGACGAGGUAUGCGAGGAGUUCAAGACAAUCGCRCGGAAUCUGUAUGAUAAACCAAAUAGCAUCGAAGAACUGGCGGAACAGAGAGAGUUUAUGAAAACCAUCCCUGAACUGCUCAAGAAGAACCAAGAACUCAUCGACAAAGCUAUGGUCGACUAUGAACUUAUCGAGGAGUUUAAUUAUAAUAUAUCAGCUGAGGAUUUCAGUGCAAAAUGGACAUGUAUCAGCUGGCCCUAUAAAAUACAACAACAAAUGGAUGCCACAGAACAGGCAUUGGAGGCUGAUGAAGAGAGAUUCCAAAAGAACCUCUUAGCUGACCAGAACGCUUUCCAGGAUCGUUUAGACUCGUUGAACAUGGCUGUAGCUGGCUUUGCUGCCCACACUGACAUUACCAAAGCACAUGAGAUAGCUAACGAUACAAGGCGGUUGGUUAAACAGAUGAAAGAAUGCCAACAGCUUGCUCAGACUUAUAACAACAGGGAGAGGCUGUUUAAUCUUCCAGUAACAUCGUAUGAAAAGCUUGGCAAACUCAUCAAAGACUUCGAGCCAUUCAAGAACAUGUGGCUAACAGCUUCUGAUUGGCAGAAAUGGCAUGACAGCUGGAUGAACGAUCCGCUGACCACCAUUGAUGCUGAACAGCUGGAGGCCAAUGUCAGCAACUCUUUCAAGACAAUAUUUAAAUGUUACAAACAUUUCAAAGAUAUCCCAGCAUGUCAGGAAGUUGCCUUCGAAGUCCGUGAGAAAAUCGAGGCCUUCAAGCCGUAUAUACCUUUGAUUCAAGGUUUGAGAAACCCGGGGAUGAGAAGUCGCCACUGGGAACAGCUGUCUAAAGAUCUUGGGUUCCCUGUGGUAGCCAAUGCUCAGCUGACAUUCACGAAAUGUCUUGAGAUGGGUCUCCAGAACCACAUUGAUGUCAUAGCCAAGAUUGCAGAAAUWGCUGGCAAGGAAUACUCCAUUGAACAGGCUCUAGAUAAGAUGGAGAGUGAAUGGAAGCCUGUUGYUCUUGAGAUUGUCCCAUACAAAGAUACUGGUACAUUUAUUAUGAAAGUCAGUGAAGAUUGCUCUCAGUUGCUUGAUGACCACAUUGUCAUGACCCAGAGCAUGUCGUUCUCGCCCUACAAGAAACCAUUUGAAGACCGAAUCACUACUUGGGAAGGAAAACUUGUCAUGACACAGGAUGUGAUGGACGAGUGGCUGACAUGCCAGCGUAACUGGCUGUACCUUGAGCCAAUCUUCAGCUCUGAGGACAUCAAUAGACAGCUACCUGUUGAAAGUAAACGAUACCAGACUAUGGAGAGAAUAUGGAGAAAGGUCAUGAACUCUGCGAAAAAUAACCCUCAGGUGAUUUCUCUCUGUCCCGAUGCAACUAUCUUAGAAAGCUUGCGCGAGUGCAAUAAACUACUGGAACAGGUGCAAAAAGGUCUCAGUGAGUACCUUGAAACCAAGCGCUCAGCUUUCCCAAGAUUCUACUUCUUGUCAGACGACGAACUUCUGGAGAUUUUGUCCCAAACGAAAGACCCUACUGCUGUCCAACCUCAUUUACGCAAAUGCUUUGAAAACAUCUCAAGACUUUCAUUUGAAGAUGACCUGCGUAUCUCUGCCAUGUUCUCUGGGGAGGGUGAGAGCGUUCAGUUUUCGACUGAACUCUACCCUACYGGCAAUGUGGARGAYUGGCUUCUUGAAGUCGAGAACACUAUGAAAGGAAGUCUAAGGGAUAUUCUCCGUAAGGCCUUGGCUGCAUAUCCAGACAUGGCUCGUACAGACUGGGUACUGCAAUGGCCUGGACAAGUCGUCAUAGCUGGCUGCCAGACAUUCUGGACUAAAGAAGUUACCCAAGCACUUAUUGAUGGCAAGCUAGAGGAUUUGACCUGYACCCUUCACGACCAGCUAAGCGGUCUKGUAACACUUGUUAGAGGAGACCUAAGUAAGCUUGCUCGAUUGAUUCUUGGGGCUCUUAUCGUCAUUGAAGUACAUGCCUGYGAUGUUGUGGAUAAGAUGGUAGCUGAAGGAGUAAAGUCUGCGAACGAUUUUGAAUGGAUCAGUCAACUAAGAUACUACUGGGAAGAGGACAACAUGGUUAUCCGAGCCGUCAAUGCCCAGUUUGACUAUGGCUACGAAUACCUAGGUAACACAGGGCGGCUUGUCAUCACUCCAUUGACAGACCGCUGUUACCUGACACUGACUGGAGCUCUUCAUCUGAAGUUUGGUGGUGCGCCUGCUGGUCCUGCUGGGACAGGAAAGACCGAAACUACUAAAGAUCUUGGUAAAGCUAUGGCUGUACAGUGUGUGGUGUUUAACUGCUCUGAUCAGCUGGACUUUAUGGCUAUGGGCAAGUUCUUUAAAGGGUUAGCCAGUGCUGGUGCAUGGGCUUGUUUUGACGAGUUCAACCGUAUUGACGUAGAGGUAUUAUCAGUUGUUGCCCAACAGAUUUCUACCAUCCAACAAGCCCUUGAAGCCAGGGUAGAUAGAUUCAUGUUUGAAGGCGUCGAACUAGCACUUCGACCAAGCUGCGCGGUAUUUAUCACAAUGAACCCCGGUUAUGCAGGUCGAACUGAGUUACCAGACAACUUAAAAGCCUUGUUCCGUCCCGUUGCUAUGAUGGUGCCUGACUACGCCCUCAUCGCUGAAAUCAGUCUAUUCUCGUUUGGUUUCUCCGAGGCCAAGAGUUUGGCCAAGAAAAUCACAACAACGUUUAAGCUAUCGUCUGAACAGUUAAGCUCGCAAGAUCAUUAUGACUUCGGUAUGCGUGCUGUCAAAACUGUCAUCUCAGCAGCCGGCAACUUAAAGCGUGAAAAUCCAGAGAUGAGCGAAGAGUUGAUUGUCCUGCGCGCAAUCCGCGAUGUCAAUGUCCCUAAGUUCUUGCAAGACGACUUGAAACUGUUCAGAGGUAUCGUGUCGGAUCUUUUCCCGCACGUCAAAGAGCAGCCUAUUGACUAUGGUGUUCUAGAAGACUCGAUCCGUAAGACAUGCUUGAAAACUGGCCUGGAGGAUGUUGAUGGUUUUGUUACCAAAUGUAUUCAAUUGUACGAGACAACUGUGGUACGCCAUGGGCUCAUGUUGGUUGGGCCUACUGGAUCUGGAAAGACUCAAUGUUAUGAGAUACUUAAAAAAGCCAUGAGCUCACUAAAAGGCCAAAUGUCACCUUCUGGAUCACCAUUCGAAGAAGUSCAUUCGUACGUCCUCAACCCUAAGUCGAUCACUAUGGGUCAGCUUUAUGGCGAGUUUGAUCUUCUGACACACGAAUGGACUGAUGGUAUCCUCUCAUCGAUGAUCCGACAGGGUUCGUCCAGCACUACUUCUGAUAAGAAGUGGUAUAUUUUUGAUGGRCCUGUGGACGCCGUCUGGAUUGAAAACAUGAACACAGUGUUGGAUGAUAAUAAGAAACUUUGUUUGACUAGUGGUGAAAUCAUAAAACUCAGCGAGGCAAUGACAAUGAUGUUCGAGGUACAGGAUCUCGCUGUUGCAUCCCCAGCUACCGUUAGUCGAUGUGGUAUGGUCUAUCUUGAACCUAGUAUCCUUGGACUAAAGCCCUAUGUCAACUGUUACCUGAGAAGACUUCCAGACGCUGUGUUUGAUCACAAAGAACGGCUAGAAAAACUGUUUGAUGCCUUCCUAGAGGACUCUAUUGCAUUUAUGCGUAGCAAUAUGAAGGAAUUUGCACCAACUGUGGACAGCAAUCUAACUUGCAGCUUAAUGAGACUGCUGGAUUGUUUCUUUGARCCUUUUGUACCAAAGGAGGGCAAGACAAUCCCUCAAGAGAAAAUCGAUAUGAUUGACAAGCUUUUGGAACCUUGGUUCAUAUUUUCCCUUAUUUGGGCUGUCGGCGGUACAUCUGACGGUGAUGGACGCAAGAAAUUCAGUGACUAUCUAAGAAAGAAAAUGAAAGAAGAAAAGAUCUCUAUGCCGUUCCCACCCCAAGGGUUAGUGUAUGACUACAAACUCGAAGAUGGAGGAGUUAGUCUAAAAGACGGCGAUGAUGACGAAGAUGAAGAAAAGGCUAAAGUUAUUAAGUGGUCUAACUGGAUGGAUGGACAGCUAGAAUUGAAUAUAUCRCAAGACACCAAGUACUCUGAUAUCAUUGUACCUACUAUGGAUCUUGUUAGAGGCUCAUUUAUACUUGAGAAACUUGUUGUAAACCAUCAAAAGGUUUUAUGUGUUGGACCCACUGGGUCAGGCAAGACUUUAUGCAUCGCUGACAAACUGUUAAACAAAAUGCCACAAGCUUUCUUAUCYCAUUUCUUGAAUUUCUCUGCUCGUACGUCAGCCAAUCAGACACAAGAUAUCAUCGAUGGCAAGCUUGAUAAGAGGCGUAAAGGAGUGUUUGGUCCACCUCUAGGAAAGUACUACGUCCUUUUUGUCGAUGACCUGAACAUGCCUGCUUUGGAAGUCUAUGGCGCCCARCCCCCAAUCGAAAUUCUUCGGCAGUUUUGUGAUCACGGGGGCUGGUACGACAGGAAGGCUAUAGGUAUGUUUCGUGAACUGGUGGACAUCACAUUUGUAUGUGCCAUGGGUCCWCCAGGAGGGGGUCGUAACCCAGUAACACCGAGAUUCCUGCGACAUUUCAACCACUUGUCAUUUACUGAACUGGAGGAUGCCAGCAAGAAGAGGGUGUUCUCCACCAUUCUCAAGUCCUGGCUAGUGGAUUACCGUGGAGAGGGCAAGGAGCUACUUGGUAACGCCAUUGUUGACAGCACAAUAUCUGUAUAUAAUACAGUCAUAACUCAGCUUCUUCCAACUCCAGCCAAAAGUCAUUACACUUUCAAUCUCCGUGACUUGUCCAAAGUGUUCCAAGGAAUCCUUAUGGCGCCUGCUGAUAAGCUCACCGAGAAGGCAGACCUACUACGCUUGUGGUACCACGAAAACUGCCGUGUCUUCCAGGACCGGUUGGUCAACGAGGACGACUGCAAAUGGUUCAGCGAGCUGAUGAAAGAGAAGAUAGAGAAAGGMUUUCAGAUAAAGAUAGAUGAUGUCAUCAAUGAAUCACCUAUGAUAUAUGGGGACUUUAUGUUGCCUAAUGCAGACGUGAAAGUGUAUAAYGAAGUCUCGGACUAUAAUAAGAUGGUGAAAAUCCUUGAGGAAUAYCUUGAAGACUACAACCAAAUCAACACAGCCCAGAUGAAGCUUGUUCUGUUCAGUGAUGCCGUCCGUCACUUGGCUCGUAUWAGCCGUAUCAUCAGACAACCCCUUGGUAACGCCCUGUUGCUAGGGAUGGGUGGUAGUGGUCGACAGAGCUUGACAAGACUUGCUGCUCACAUGGCUGAAUACGACAUWUUCCAGAUAGAACUAGCCAAGAACUAUGGUAUCCCAGAAUGGAAAGAAGACAUCAAGAAAAUCCUCAUGAAAGCUGGCGUGGAAAAUAAAUCUGUCGUGUUCCUCUUCAGCGAUACUCAAAUUAAAAGCGAAACUUUCUUAGAAGAUCUCAACAAUAUUCUUAACGCCGGCGAUGUMCCAAAUCUCUUCGCUAUGGAUGAACUUGAUACCAUAUAUACAGCCUUGAAACCAGUUGUACAAGAUGAAGGGCUACAGCCUACCAAGGUUAACCUGUAUUCUGCAUUUACUCGAAGGGUAAAGGCSAAUACACAUUCUGUUGUCUGUAUGAGUCCUAUUGGGGAAAUAUUCCGAGCUCGUCUUCGUCAAUUCCCUUCACUAGUGACGUGUUGCACCAUUGACUGGUUUUCUGCUUGGCCACCUGAAGCAUUGAGAUCCGUCGCUUCUUAUUUCUUAAAUGAAAUUCCAGAACUUGAAGACUCAGGAUCUACAGAAGGCUUGGUGUCUAUGUGUGGAGAGAUUCACCAGUCUGUUGCUAAGAAGUCACAGCUCUAUCUUGCUGAGUUAUCAAGGCAUAAUUACGUCACACCAACCAGUUAUUUGGAGCUUUUGGGRACUUUCCGAAAAUUGAUAGGAGUAAAGAAGUCUGAACUACAGAGCGCUAGGAAUAGAACCAAAACUGGCUUGGAUAAGCUGUUGACCACAGCUGACGAGGUAGUAAAACUACAAGAAGAGCUAGAGUCCAUGCAGCCUUUACUUGCCCAAGCAAAACAGGAGACUGUUGARACGAUGGAGAAAAUUAAGGAGGAUUCGGUCGUUGCAAAUGAAACAAAAACAGUKGUCCAGAGAGAAGAGGCAGAAGCCGCGAAAAAAGCCACGGAAACCCAGGCUAUCGCAGACGACGCGCAAAGGGACCUGGACGAAGCUUUGCCCGCUUUAGAAGCAGCUUUAGCGAGUUUAAAAUCUCUGAACAAGAACGAUGUGGUCGAAGUACGUGCUUUACAGCGACCACCGGUCGGAGUCAAGCUUGUGAUCGAAUCAGUGUGUAUUAUGAARGGCAUAAAGCCAAAGAAAGUAGCUGGCGAUAAGGUUGGUACGAAAGUCGACGACUACUGGGAACCCGGCAAAGCUAUGCUUCAAGAUCCUGCUAAGUUCUUAGAAAGCCUGUUCAAGUAUGACAACGAUAAUAUUCCUGAUUCUGUUAUACAAAAGAUUCAGCCUUACAUCGAUAUGGAGGAUUUCACGCCGGCAGCCAUUAGCAAAGUUUCUAAGGCCUGUACAUCAAUGUGUUUGUGGGUACGUGCUAUGCACAAGUAUCACUUUGUUGCAAGAGCUGUCGCUCCUAAAAGAGAAGCUUUAAAAAAUGCUACAGAAGAGCUCCAGGAAACACAGAGGGUACUUGAAGCAGCUAAGGCUCGUUUGACAGAAGUCGAGGAAGGUAUUGCAUCACUGCAGGCGAAAUAUGAAGAAUGUAUUUCUAAAAAACAAGAGCUGGAGUUCAAGACGGAGCAGUGCACUGCGAGACUAGCAAGGGCCGAAAAGCUCAUCGGUGGCCUUAGUGACGAAAAAGGUCGUUGGCAAGAGGCAGUACAGAUAUUUGAUGGUCAGAUUAUCAAUAUUAUCGGCGAUGUCAUGAUAUCAUCAGGGGUUAUAGCAUACCUCGGUGCCUUCACUGGCGAAUAUCGUAACUCCAUGGUCGAAGAAUGGUUAGAGGCGUUAAAAAGACUCAAAGUACCUCACUCGAGCCCAUGCUCUCUCGUCUCAACGCUUGGUAACCCGGUCGACAUACGUAAUUGGCAGAUUGUGGGCUUACCACGUGAUAACCUCUCAACUGAGAAUGGUGUCAUCGUCCAAAACUCCCAGCGAUGGCCGCUGUUUAUUGACCCUCAAGGGCAGGCUAAUAAGUGGGUGAAAAACUUAGAAAAAGAGUCAGGAUUAGACGUGGUCAAGCUAACCGAUAGGGACUUUUUAAGAAGUCUGGAGAAUGCUGUUCGAUUUGGUAAACCUUGUCUGUUGGAGAAUGUAGCCGAAGAGUUGGAUCCUGCACUGGAGCCUAUAUUACUGAAGCAGACGUUCAAGCAGUCAGGAAGUACAGUAAUAAAAUUGGGUGAUGCCAUCAUACCAUACCACGACGAUUUCAAGUUUUUUAUCACAACCAAACUACCAAAUCCUCACUACACCCCAGAGGUAUCAACCAAGGUUACAAUUGUCAACUUUACUCUAUCACAGAGUGGGCUUGAAGAUCAGAUGUUGGCUCUAGUGGUCGCUGAAGAACGUCCUGAUCUCGAGGAGGCAAAGAAUCAGCUUAUUGUAAGCAAUGCUAAGAUGAGACAAGAACUCAAAGAGAUUGAAGACAAGAUUUUACACAAAUUAUCAGCAUCUGAAGGCAAUCCUGUGGAUGAUAUAGAUCUGAUAGCUACCUUAGAGGCCUCAAAAGCGAAAUCUGGAGAAAUAAAGGCUAAAGUCGUGAUUGCCGAACAAACAGAAAAGGAUAUCGACGUCACUCGAUCCCAGUACAUCCCCGUCGCUGUAAGAACAGGGAUCCUGUUUUUCUGUACWAAUGACUUGGCGAACAUUGACCCUAUGUACCAGUACUCAUUGGAAUGGUUUGUCAGAAUCUUCUUGAACAGUAUUUCAAACGCUGACACAUCAGAUUCUGUGGAGAAACGUAUCGAAAAUAUCAAUGACUUCUUCACAUUCAGCCUGUAUUCCAAUGUAUGUCGGUCAUUGUUUGAAAAGNGUUGUGCGGUACUCAAUUUCAGAAGUGUGAUCUAUGUUCAAUUUCAGCCCAAGUUUGCAUCGUUUGCUGAGACGUUCUCUGAACAUGUGGAAAAAUACAAAAACCUGUUUGACAGUGUCGACCCUCAUAGGGAGCCACUUCCCGAGCCGUGGAACACUGACUUGGACGACUUCCAAAAGAUGCUCGUACUAAAAUGUCUUCGAUCUGAUAAAGUUACAAACAACAUGCAAGACUUCGUAUCCUCUCAUCUUGGACAGCGCUUUAUUGAACCACAGACUGCWGAACUUUCUUCAGUCUUUAAAGACUCAUCGCCAUCAACUCCACUCAUCUUCGUACUGUCAACUGGCACUGAUCCUGCCGCUGAUUUAUACAAAUUUGCCGAUGAAAUGAGGUUCUCAAAGAAGCUCACUGCUAUCUCGUUAGGACAAGGGCAGGGGCCACGUGCCGAGGCCAUGAUGAGAUCGGCUAUGGAACGUGGUAAAUGGGUUUUCUUCCAAAACUGUCAUUUAGCACCGAGCUGGAUGCCAUCUUUAGAACGACUGAUUGAAAACAUCGAUGGUGACAAGGUUCACCGUGAUUUUCGUCUAUGGUUAACAAGUAUGCCUAGUCCAUUGUUCCCUGUGUCGAUUCUACAAAAUGGAUCCAAAAUGACUGUUGAACCACCGAGGGGCAUCAAGGCUAACCUACUAAGAUCUUUUGUUGGGUUUAACGAUGAUUUCUACAAGUCUUGUAAAAAGGAGGAAUUCAAGUACCUUCUCUUUUCUCUGUGUCUCUUCCAUGGCGUUACGUUAGAGAGGCGUAAGUUUGGGCCGUUGGGCUUUAAUAUUCCUUACGAGUUUACUACUGGAGAUCUGAGGAUCUGUAUUAGCCAGCUGGUUAUGUUCUUAGACGAGUACGAGGGAUUCCCGUUUAAGGUUCUGAAGUACACCGCUGGUCAUAUUAACUACGGUGGCCGUGUUACAGAUGACUGGGAUCGUCGAUGUAUCAUGACAAUCUUGGAUGAGUUUUACUCGCCUAAAGUAUUAGAUGAAAAACAUGUGUUCUCUCCUUCUGGUAUCUACCACGCGUUACCGCUUGUAACAGAACACGAGGGGUAUAUACACUACAUCCGAGGUCUACCCAUCAACGACACGCCAGAGAUAUUUGGUCUCCAUGACAAUGCUAACAUUACCUUCGCGCAGAAUGAGACUGAGAAUCUAUUACAUGGGAUAUUGAUGAUGCAGCCGAAGUCAUCAACGGGCGCUGGACGGUCUCGUGAGGAGGUUAUGGAAGAGUCCGCCCGCGGGAUCCUCGAGAGCGUCCCGCAGCCUAUGCCUAUUGGUCCUAUAAUGGAAAAGUAUCCCGUGAUGUAUGAGGAGUCAAUGAACACUGUCCUUGUACAGGAGGUUAUACGAUACAAUAAGCUAUUGUCCACUGUUAGACAGACACUCAAUGACUUACUGAAGGCUUUGAAGGGAUUGGUUGUCAUGUCACAGGCCUUGGAGACCAUGUCAAAUAGCUUGUUCAAUAACAGCGUACCUGACAUGUGGGCCAGCAAGGCGUAUCCGUCGCUGAAGCCGUUAGCAUCAUGGGUGCAAGAUCUCGUGGCACGUAUCCACUUCAUUGAGGGCUGGAUAAAUAAUGGUAUACCACCUGUGUUUUGGAUCUCUGGGUUCUUCUUCCCUCAGGGUUUUCUUACAGGAACUCUUCAGAACUUUGCUCGAGCGUACUCGAUAUCCAUMGAUGUYAUUUCAUUCGACUUUGAGGUUUUGAAACAAAGCGAAACAGAAAUCACGUCUCGUCCCAAAGACGGUUGCUACAUUCGAGGUCUGUUCCUCGAGGGAGCCCGAUGGGAUUCCGAAACGCACGAACUCGCCGAGUCAAGACCGAAGGAGCUCUUUACUGACAUGCCGGUCAUUUGGUUGAAGCCGAUGGCGAAUCGAGAAAAACCCGAAUCGGGGAUAUACGUGUGUCCUGUCUAUAAGACACUAACUAGGGCUGGUACUUUAUCCACUACCGGUCAUUCUACAAACUUUGUCCUCUCCAUUGAGGUCCCAAGCAGUAAGACACAAGAUCAUUGGAUCAAACAGGGCGUGGCACUCAUGUGCGCGCUGAAUUAUUGAUUCUUACUACGCAUGCUCACACCGUGUGACUCGAUCAACAAAAAUUAAAAUAUUCUUCUCUGUUUGUUCAUAUUUUUAUAAAAAUUUCAAAGCUAUGUAUAUAUGUUUAUAUCGCAGUGUGUGGAUAUUUUAUGAGUUGAAAUAAAGAUAUGUUAAUGCAUACA